UGGGGGCCCCAAAAUCACCGUGUCCCACUCAACCCUGCCCAAGAACCUGCAUCCACACCCCAAGAAACAAAAAUUGAAGAUCCACCAGCCCCUGCUCUCGACACAAAGCAGGACGUGGAACAAAAAGACUGUAGAACUCUCUUCAAUCCUAACGCAUUGCCCUUCAUUCCUAGGGCAGUUGAAGUCAGGGAAAUAGUCAACCAAUUUACGCCUGUGGAAAGCACUAACACUCUGUCAGUUAAUCAAAGUCCUCAGCCUGAAGUUCAAGAUGCAAAUCCUGCAAACUUGUUUGUCAGUAAGGACACAACAUCAAGCACUGAUGUAAACGACAUCGAAAAGGAGAUAACUGAACUGAGAAAUCAGAUGAGGGAAAAAGACAAACGUCUUUCUGAGUUGAAGGAAGAAAGAGAGAUGGGAAAGAGGCGUCUUCAGCGUCAGCAGGCAGAACUUGAAGCCAAAAAGAAUCACCUGAAGAAAGAGACAGAGUUUAAGGAGAAGUGUGGACUUAGAGCUGCCGCUCUCAGAGAUAAACUGGAGAGACUACAACAAGCAGCAAAAGCAAAGCAAGCGAGUGAGGAUAGGAAGACGGAGGCUCACACGCUGGCAUUGGAAAAACUAGCAAUGCUGAAGAAAGAGCUUCUAGAAAAAAGAAAUUAUAACCUGGAACUGACACAGAGAUUAAAAAUGGAAGAGGAAGAGGAAGCAGAACCAGAAGUCGUGAAGGAUCAGAUGGAAGCUGAGGAAAUCCCUAUCUCAGCACCUCUUUCAGAACCAGAAGUUGUGAAGGAUCAGAUGGAAGCUGAGGAAAUCACUAUCUCAGCACCUCUUUCAGAACCAGAAGUUGUGAAGGAUCAGGUGCAGGAUGAGGAAAUCACCAUCUCAGUACCUCUUUCGGAACCAGAAGUGGCUGAGGAUCAGGUGCAGGAUGAGGAAAUCGCCAUCUCAGCACCUCUUUCAGAAGCAGAAGAGGUCUCGAAACAGAUAAAGCUGGCAUUGGAAAAACUGGCAACGCUGGACAAAGAGCUUCUAGAAAAAAGAAAUUAUAAACUGGAAAUGACACAGAGAUUAAAAAUGGAACAGAAGGCAGGACCAGAAGUGGUGAAGGAUCAG